AAUGUUUGUUUCCGCAGCACAUCUUCCUUCACUGCGAUCGUCCGUGCCCGGCAGACCUCAUAUCAGUUUAUUAUUACGAUUAGCGGCGUUGCGUCUUUCGGAGCGCAGGCAGCACCAGACCCGAAGAUCACGACCCUUGCAACGAAAUCGAACAGCGACGUAUAAAAGCCAAUACGGGUUGCGAUUAAUUCAUUGUCUCUUGACGGUUUCGGUCUGUUCGGGCGCUUUGCCGAGUGUGUUUUGUGUAAAAAUGGUAAGCGGAAAGCUGUUGUGUUCCGUCGUGCUAGUGUUUUUCGCUUGCACAACAAUGGCCGACGUGUUGAAUCAAAUCGAUGUCGACGCUAUUCGGGACCGUCUGCCGGGAAAUCUUUCCAUCCCUUCCAUGGAAGAGGUGGAAAAGAUGCUGCAAGACAAGUGCAACAGUGCUGGUGCACCGGCCGAUGCGUACAACAAUGCGAAGGAAGCGGCGAAAACUUUCGUCGAGUGUGGGCAGAGCCUGAUCGAUAUAGAGCAGUUCCAGCAGGAAGUGGAAGCCGCCAAACCGACCGGCGAUCUGGACACCGUCUUCAACAAAUACUGUCGCAAGCGGUCCACAUUAAUCGAGUGCGUGAACACGUUCGCCAACGCAGUAGAUCCGUGUCUGGAGGCAGAGGAAAAGGUGUUCAAGACAUCUGGUUUGGAUAUCUUUAAGAACCUGUUGAACUUCGUAUGCCACAAGGAUGGUGAUCAGAUUGCACUAUUUAUCGCGGAACAAGGACCUGAAUGUUUCCUGGAGCAAAAGAACGAUUUGAUUGCGUGCGUUAAUGAAACAUUCUCGGGCUACGUGCCCGACACUAGUCUGACCUCCAUCCCGAAGCUAGUCAUAGGACCGAAGCAAUGCGAGGACUUUACUAAGCUGCAAAACUGUAUGGUACGGGAGCUGGAGCAAUGUGACGAAUCGACACCGGCUAACCUAGUCGAAUCGUUGUUCCGAUACGUCCGAAAGGGAUCACCGUGUGCGAACAAUUCGGGCCGUUAAAACAGCAAUGGUCCUGUAAGGCCUCAUCUCACUAAUAGCUUCUGUAAGGACGUGGGAAACGUUCCGAGCUUUUUCUCCGUUGUUAUUGAAUAAAUUGUUGCAAAGAAAUGCGAUAAAAGGA